UCAUAAGUCUUUCCAUGUUGACACUAAUAUGACUCUCUCUUGUAUGUAUGGAUAUAAGAGGUAGUUGAGCUCUCUCACCUACAAGGUUAGAUGUUCCCAGCUGCCUUAAUACAAGUACCACUCUCUCUCUAUCUCUGUCACACACACCCCACAGGUAUAGUUCAAGAGAAAAUCUAUAAUAACACUUGAGCCAAUGAAAAGAGAGACUAAGACUAUUGAACCAGCCAUGGCAAGUUUGCCCAUCAAGCAAGAGGUCAAUAAGGGUUCCUGGACACCUGAAGAAGAUAGAAAAUUAGCUGAGGUUAUUGCAAUCCAUGGCGCAAAAAGAUGGAAGAUGGUUGCUGCUAAAGCAGGCCUUAAUCGUUGUGGUAAGAGUUGCAGGCUAAGGUGGUUGAAUUAUUUAAGACCAAAUAUCAAGAGAGGCAAUAUAUCAGACCAGGAGGAGGAUUUGAUUCUUAGGCUUCAUAAACUACUAGGAAACAGAUGGUCCUUGAUUGCUGGAAGAUUACCAGGUCGAACAGAUAAUGAAAUCAAGAACUACUGGAAUUCUCAUUUGAGCAAGAAAAUAAAUAAAAAAGAGAAACGAACUGGAAUUUCAGCAAGAGAAAGAUCCAAAGAUGAGAAAGGGACAGUAGAGAAAUUAAGUAUUGCAGAGGUGAGAGAAGAGAACAACACAACUACUACCAAUAAUAGUAGUGGAGGUGAAGAAGAGCCCAGUAGCAGUUUUAAUGUAGAUGAUUUCUUUGAUUUCUCCAAUGAAGAUCCUUUGAACUUAGAAUGGAUGAGCCAAUUCCUUGAGCUCGAUGGUAGCUUCAGUAACAUGUCAUAAAACUGUAGUUUUUGUUCUUUUUUCUUUUUUUCCCCUUCCUUUGCCAUAAACAUAGUACACUGCUUGUCAAUGACAUAAUAAUGGUGUGCGAGAAAAUUUCAUCAUAUGUAACUUUUGUAAUCUGUGCAUGAAUUAAUUAGUAGAUUUCAAGUAAUUUCAACUUCCUUAAGAGCAGAAA